UGCUCUAUUUUUAGGUGUUGUUGGUUAUUUCCAAACCUGAGAGUCCUUGCAGUCUGGGGAACAAAUCCGUGCAGCUCUGCCACAACGGUAACAUGCCGUGAGCAGCAGGAGUGGGAUUAAUGAUUGACCAAGUAGGAGGAGGUGAAAGAAAGUGCUUGCUGAUUGGUCUGGAGACUUUUGAAAAAAAGGCGCCAGCUUCAAUCCAGAGGAAGAAGUGGCAAGUUUGUGGGUACACACUCGGCCCCACAAUGCUUCUGCUUCAGGCCUGCCGGGCUGGGUUCUGCCUGCUGCUGCUCUGCCAAAGCUGCUGUCUGGAGGCUGCCAGGGGUUUGAAGGAAGCAGUGAAGUGUGAAAGCGUUACUGAAGCAACCCUCGGUGAAGAGGCAAAUUUCUCUUGUGACUUCUUGCUCCCAAUGGAUGUCUUUCAAGUCACUUGGCAGAAGAUAAAUGGAUCUUCCUUCCAGAACAUAGCCACUUACAGCCAAACCCGUGGGCUGCGACUGAUAGGAUCAUUUCGGAGGAAGGCAUGUUUUGCUAGAGCAGCCCUGAACACCUCAGUCAUCACUUUGAAAAAUCUCACAUUUGAGGAUGUGUCCUGUUACAGAUGCAUCUUCAGUGUGUACCCUCAUGGCUCUUUCAGCAGCAAAGCUAUGUGCCUCAACAUCCAAAGUAUUCAGAAGAGAAUUGGCCUUGUGGCGGUCUUCAUCGGUGCUGUCUUAGGAGUCUUGACCCUUCUCAUCAUGGGGCUAACCAACAGAAAAAGGAGACAACUGCAGAAACACAGAGCACGUAGCACACCUGAAAUGGAGAAAGGCUUACAGCAGGAUGUAAGUGAGCAAUCCGAAAGCCUGAACACACUGAAGGACCAAGACAGCACUUAUCAAAAUGAGGUAAUGUCAGUGCCCAGCACUUCCAGCAAUUCUCCAAAUCCUUCAGAAGUCUUGGACAAUUAUUGCGAGGAACAUGACAAAAUUCUGUCGAGAUAGAAUCAUGGAAUGGCUUGGGUUGAAAGUGUUCUUAAAGACAAUCUAGUUCCACCACCCUGUCAUGGGUAGGGUCACCACCCACUAGACCAAGCUGCCCAGCAUCUCAUCCAACCCAGCCUUGAAUGAUUCCAGGGAUGAGACAUCCACAGCUUCUCUGGGCAACCUGUUCCAGUGUCUCUCCACCUUCACAGUGAAAAAUUUACACCUAACAUCUAAUCUAAAUCUUUUUUUUUUAGUUUCAAGCCAUUCCUUCUCGUCCUACCAAUAUCUAUACAUAUAAAAAGUUUAUUUCCUUCCUGUUUAUAAUCUCCAUUUAAAUUGGAAGGCCUCAAUGAGGUAUCACUGGAGCCUUCUCUUCUCCAGACUGAACAAGCCCAGCUCCUUCAGCCUGUCUUCAUAGGAGAGGUGCUGCAGCCCUCUGUUAAUCUUCACGGCCUUCAUCUGGAUCCUUUCCAAAAGCUCAACUCUUACGGCUCCAAAACUGGAUACAGUACUCCAACUGGGGCUUCACGAGGGCAGAGUAGAGGGGGAUAAUCACUUUCCUCUUCCUCCUGACUACCCCUCUUUUGAUGCAGCCCAGGAUAUUGUUGGACUUCAGGGAUGCAAGCACACACUGCUGGCUCAUGUUAAGUUUUUAAUUUACCAGGACCCCUAAGUCCUUCUUGCCAAGGCUACUUUCAAGAAGUUCUCCCAGUCUGUAUACACAUCUAGGAUUGCCCUGACUGAGAAUGUAACACCUUGCACUUUGUUGAAUCCCAUCAGGUGUACAUGGACUCACCUUUUGAGUUUGUCAAGAUCCCUUUGGAUGGCAUCCCUUCCUCUAUAGAUAUUAACUACACCAUAUAGCUUGGCGUCAUCUGCAAAUGUGCUGAGGGUGCGCUCAAUCCCAUCAUCCAUGUUAUUGAUAAAGAUGUUAAAGAGUACUAGUCCCAGGACAGGCCAUUGGGAGACACCACUCAUCACCAGCCUCCACCUGGACAGAGAGUGAUUGACCACAACUCUCUGGCUAGGGCCACCCAACCAAUUCUUUACUCAUGUAAUAAUCCACCCGUUGAAUUCAUCUCUCUCCAAUUUAGAGAUAAGGAUGUGUUGCAGAACCAUGCCAAAGGCCUUGCACAAGCCCAGGCAGAUGACAUCCUUUGUCCAUCGAUGCUGUCACUUCAUCAUAGAAGGCUACCUGAUUGGUCAGGCAUGAUCUGCCCUUGGUGAAGCUGUGGUGUCUCAGAUCACCUCCAUGUCUCACGUGCAUCUUUUCCAGGAGGAUCUGCUUCAUGAUCUUCCCAGUCACAGUCAUGAGGCUCACCAGGCUGUAGUUGCUAGGCCUUCCUUUCUACCUUUCUUGAAUAUGGGAAUGAUGUUUCUCUUUUUCCAGUCACCGGGAACUUCACCUGACAGCUACGACUUUUCAGAUAUGAUGGAGAGUGGCUUGGCAACAACAUCAGCUCCUUUAUGACCCUGGGAUGCAUGUCAUCUGGCCUCAUAAACUUGUACACAUUCAGUCUCAUGAGGUGGUCUUGGACUUGCUCUGCCGGGGUCCUGCCUUCUGAAAGGAAGCUGAAAGAAAGGGGCUGCUCCUGUUUGCCUUGAAAUUGGUUGUGCCACGUGGGUUACAAGUGGGGGCUUCGACUUGGCUUAUCCUGAUGGAGAGUUUAAUGCUUAUUAUUGUUAUUAAAUUUAUCCAAACCAUCACUCUGACGAAGCCGAUAAAUUAAUGUGGUAAUCUUGGACAUACAUGUUUUGUAGUUGUAGCUCUGACUGGUGUAGCUAUCCAUAUAGGUAUAUAGAAAUAAAUACACAUACGCACACAC